GUGUUGCGUCAAGGGCGAGCUCUGCCACUGGUGGGGGUGCCUCUGGCUGGUAGGGGCGCGUCGCUGCCGACCGGGGCGCAAGAGGGUGGCGGCAGCAUGAGAGGCAGAGAGUGUAACCCCACGGUCGCACCGCCACCCGUGCGUCGUCGUAAAAUGUGACUCGGGGUAGCAUAGUCACGGGGAUAGUCGUGCGAGAGUGUAGAAAGAUUAGUCGUGGUUUGCACCGGGAGUACAUAUUAAUGUCCGCAUCUUAGUUUUAGACAAGAGUAUAAAGAUAUAAUAGUGAGUAAGAUUUAUCCGGGGACGUGCAACGGGGUCUCCGUCGAGAGGAAGACGGAGAGGGAAGAGGUACACAAGGGAGGAAAGUCAAGCAACGAGACGGACGAAUAAUACGAGGACGGCUGGGUAAGAGAUCAAACAUCCUUGCGCCGGUCCAGUGAUCUUACAUAUUUCGGAGACCGCCGUUGCGAACGAAUACAUAUCAUUUUAUCCUAGUUGCAGAGAGAUAAAGAGAUAGCGAAAGAAAAGCGAGACAGAGAGAGAGUAAUUUGGUACCGAGAGGGCGGACAAAUCGAGAAAAAGAUCAACGCGAUCAACGAACGUUGUCGCGAACUUAAUGAAGAUACAUGGAGAGAAAGAUAGAGGAAGAGAGAGGAAGAAACAUUGCGAAUUCCAUUGAGAUGCUUAUACAAAGAUAUAUAUAAAUAUAUAAGUAGAUAGAUAUAUGUAUACACAUGCGCAACGCGAAACGUGUGAGUGUACUUGGCUUGAAGAUCAUCAUCGUCGUCUCGUCGUCGAACGCGUCUCCUUCCGGCCCGAAGGUUCAGAAUAGCAAGGAUCGUUUAAGGGAAUUCCGGAAGUGACUGGCGGAGACGCGCGAAAGGGAUUCCCUUCCCGCGUCUGCGAGCAAUUACACGCAUCAUCGUCGUUGUCAUCAUUGUCAUCGUCGCCGUCGUGAACUGUGAUUCUUUGUCAAGGGGUUUGGAACAGUGAUCUGCAACGACGGGAUAGAUAGAGGCAAACGAGAAAAAUGAAGCUCGAUCUGGACCGGGAAAAGGGCCUCGAGCUCUUUGGCAAGCUGAUACGUACGAAAAACAUCGAAAGUCUGCAAGGUAAUCAGUCCAAAACCGGUCCCGAGCCACUUCAUCCAGCCGACUCCAAGCAGAAAUUACAGAAGUGCCUGACGACUCUGGACCUGACGUCUUUAGGAGUUGGCUCCUGCGUCGGGACAGGGAUGUAUCUUGUCGCAGGAAUGGUGGCGCGCAGCGUUGCCGGACCUGGUGUCGUCAUCUCAUUCAUUAUCGCAGCCAUUGCUUCCAUUUUUUCCGGGGCGUGUUACGCCGAGUUUGGAGUACGAGUGCCUCAUACGACCGGCAGCGCUUAUAUGUACAGUUACGUGACAGUAGGCGAAUUAAUAGCAUUCAUUAUUGGAUGGAACAUGGUGCUGGAGUACCUUAUAGGUACGAGUGCAUGUGCGUGCGCCCUUAGCGCUUGUCUAGACGCAUUGGCGAACGGUGCGAUCUCCGAGGCGAUAGCCAGCAGCGUCGGCACCAUACUUGGACGGCCGCCAGAUUUUCUCGCGUUCGUCAUCACGUUACUUAUGAUGCUGCUAAUGGCGGCGGGUGUGAAGAAGUCUCUGGUGUUCAAUAAUGUAUUGAAUGCCAUCAAUCUCGCCGUAUGGGUCUUCGUUAUGGCGGCGGGCUUGUUUUACGUGGAUUCCAACAAUUGGUCCGAGCACAAAGGUUUUCUUCCCUACGGCUGGAGCGGGGUUUUCACCGGCGCAGCAACGUGUUUUUAUGCUUUCAUAGGCUUUGACAUAAUAGCCACUACUGGUGAGGAAGCGACAAAUCCGAAGAAGAGUAUCCCGCUCGCCAUAGUCUCAUCAUUGAUCAUAAUUCUCAUUGCUUACGUUACCAGUAGCAUGGUACUGACACUGAUUGUUCCGUACGACCAGGUCGACCAGGAUUCAGCGUUGGUGGAGAUGUUCGGUCAAGUCGGGGCCUACAAGUGCAAAUACAUUGUCGCAGUUGGUGCACUGGCGGGCCUGACGGUCUCUAUGUUUGGUAGCAUGUUUCCAAUGCCUAGGAUAGUCUACGCCAUGGCUCAGGAUGGCCUUAUAUUUCGGAGCCUCAGCCAUGUUUGGCCCGCGACGGGCACUCCCGCAUUCGCGACUCUAACUUCCGGCAUAUGCGCUGCUUUUGCUGCGCUAUUAAUUCAGUUGGAAGUAUUGGUAGAAAUGAUGUCGAUCGGUACAUUGCUAGCGUACACCCUAGUGUCCACCUGCGUGCUGAUACUGCGAUAUCAGCCACACUCGACCAAUCUGGUCGAGUUGCUGCCGCAGAGCCUGAGAACCCCGUGUCGAUCGCCUACGAAGGAGACGCAAGGGAACGGUCAAGUAUCUUAUGGCAAGGAGCUCAGGCCCGAUCAGCUUACGACCGCGUUGAAUUCGGUCCAAGCGACCCAGUCGGAACUCACUACCACUAACAACGGACAACGUAUCACGGUGCGACGUGUAAGAAGAUGCAAUAGCUCAUCGCCGGAUUCGGACGACACGUACGGCGGCGAGGAGGACGAUGUAGGACUAGGUAAGGAUGACCAGUAUCUCGUGAGCGACAGGACAGAAAAUAAAUUCUACGGCAGCGUGCAUGCGGCCGCAGCAGCCUCGAGUUGCGGUAGCGCUCAUCAGUAUCCCGGAAACACGCCGAUCAUAGGACCACCGUUGAAUUAUCUACAGCGUCGGCUGCAGGCGGCGCAAUAUCUUUGUCCUGCUAUAUUUCCAUGGGUAGACAGAGGUCCUGCGACAGAAGCGUCAGGGCGUUAUGUCAUGAAGCUUGUUGGGAUCUUAUACUUAUUGAUCCUUAUCUUUGACUUGAUUAUCGUUUGUGGAAUGGGUAAUAUGGGGACAUUCUCAACGAUACUACUAUUCCUCUUUCUUUUUGCCAUAAUCGGUAUACUUCUCGCCAUCAGUAGAAAGCCGCAAAAUAGAAAUAGCGUAAUGUUUAUGACUCCGGGCUUACCUUUCGUCCCCGCGAUCGCCGUUACCGUCAACAUUUAUCUCAUUUUCAAGCUCAGCAUCCUCACUUUAGUCAGAUUUACGGUCUGGAUGACUUUAGGUUUUAUCAUGUACUUCAAUUACGGCAUUAAGCAUAGUAGUCUGGAGGAGGCCAACGCGUCGGAAAAUGUCGACGACAUCGUAGUCGGCACGGCUGGCAAUAUCGAGCUAACCGUCACCGAUCACCAUCGGCAAGCGCAAAAGCAGUACACGCCAGAUCGUAGCAUCUACGAGAGCCAACAGUUGGAUGCGUUUGGCCAGCCAGUGUUCGGCAGCACGAACUUUGGCGGCACGCCAAACCAGCAGCAGCAGCAACAGCAACAUAUUGGAGGCUAUCAACAGAGGCAAACGGCGAGCGGCCACCGCAUCGACCAAACUGCGUCGACGACGACGACCUUGUUCAUCGAUCAGGAGAGCUUCCCCACUUGGGAAGAUUGAGGAGCGUCGUACGAGCGAUGCCGAGCGGAUAUUAAUGUAUACAUAACACACGAAUAGGAAAAAAGAGAGAGGGAGAAAGGUAUUAUUACACAACGCCUGAUAAGCACGUUUGCGCGCGUGAUUGGCAUCGGAUGAUGAUCACCGGUGACACUAGACCCUCCGGAGAUUGCGAUGAUUUUGGAUUCGAACUUUGACGAUUGCGCGACGAUCAUCUUUCAGCAAAUGAGAGUCGCAUGCGCUUACAAUAUGGAUAGAAAAAUCAUCUAGAAUGCGUCUUCUAAAGGUAUUUAGAAACAUGACACAUUGGUUAUUGUUGACUAAUUAAUAUUUAAUAGACUUUUGAAAUUAAAAAUUUGAAAUAUUAAUCUAAUAAUGAAGAAAUUGUUAAAUUUUUUGGAAUUUCUUUAGUUUUUUCGAACACAGAGAUGUCUUGAUGAGAGACAAAUUUAUAUAAAUAUUCGAAUUUGUUGGAAAUAUUUAAUAUAAUUAUAUGUUAACUACAAUAAGUUAGACUUUGAUCGAUUUGUUCAGGUUUAAUCACUUGUUCUUUUCAAAAUAUGCAUGACAUGAUUAUUGGGAAGAUUUGAUUGAUCAGUCGAGACUAAAAUCCGCGAUACUCUGAGGGUCAGACUUGUUGACUACUAUUUGGGACGAAUGUAGCAAAUAAUUUUGCGGCAAUAUUUAUUAUUCUAGUUGUAUAGUACCGUCGUUGUAGGCGAGGAGGAGGAGGAGAAAAAGGGAAAGGGGAACGCGACAUUCCAAAAGAUUAAAGAUUAGAGGGAUGAGAGAGAGAGAGAGGAAUAGAGAGGAAGAUGAAGAGACCAUUAUCAUUAAUAGUAUAAGGCGAAACUUGUGUUUUCCAAGAGAGCGUUCUAUAACUGCUAACAUAAGUUCAAAUUUAUCGCUAGUUCGAAGCGAAUGCGAGAUGAGAAUAACAGUGUUGUCGGAGCGAAAGGGUGACUGAAAGAUACGAGAGAAUGAGAAAAAAGA